AUGAGUGACGAUUCUGCUUUACCAUUCAACGUACCAGGUUGGGUGUCGUAUCUCUUAUCCUUCACUGGUCUGGCAGGGUUGACAGGUGCCGCCUUACUCUACCUGUACCAAUGCGAGAUCAUCUACCCCAGUUCAUUUCCCGAAGGAUCGAGGACGCAGGUGGCAAAACCUUCGGAUUAUGGGAUGCAAUAUACCGAACAAGUUCUUACCACCAAGGAUAAUAUCAAACUGCACACCUACACUAUGGUACUUGAAAAUGAAGACGAAGCUCGUGCAGCAAACACGAUCCUUUACUUUCAUGCUAAUGCAGGCAACAUGGGCCAUCGUCUUCCUAUUGCAAGAAUCUUCCAUCAAAAAAUGAAGUGCAAUGUCGUUAUGCUGUCUUAUCGAGGUUAUGGUCAAAGUGAAGGCAAACCAAAUGAGAAGGGUAUUAGAAUCGAUGCUCAGACACUCUUGGAAUACGUGCAAUCGCAUCCUGUACUCAAGGACACUCGUCUCGUUGCUUAUGGACAAUCCAUUGGUGGUGCGGUAGCCAUUGACAUUGUAUCACAUAACGAGGAAGCAUUUUCUGGUCUUAUUAUCGAAAACACAUUUUUGAGCUUGCCAAAACUUGUACCCCAUGUCAUGCCUAUUCUACGCUAUGUGACCUUCCUCUGCCACCAGCAAUGGCCAUCUGAAGUCAACAUUCAACGAAUCGCCAAUGUGCCUAUUUUAUUCCUUUCAGGAAGCAAGGAUGAAUUGAUACCCCCAACGCAUAUGCGUAAAUUGUUCGAAUUGUGUGACACACGUGGCGCGAAGGAAUACGUCGAAUUGGCAAACGGCAUGCAUAAUGAUACUUGUAUCCAACCUGGCUAUUAUCCAGCCAUUGAAGAAUUCCUCAAGAAGAAGGUCUCAAGGGAAGAGCAUGUCGAGGAAAAGAAGAAGCAUGAAGAGGAAGAGGAAGAAGAGGAAAUCAAGCGUAUGUCGGUAGAGACUUGUCAACUCACUAGAGAAGAAAUUGCUGAAAAGUCGACCGAGAACUUCCUCGUAGAAGAGAUUGAAUUGGAAGAGUAA